AUGGGUAUGGGCUGCAUCAACUGCCCUGAGCUGACCGCGGCACCUCGACCUCUCACAACCUACGCCCUGAUGUCUCGGAAGUACUUUUGCCACCUUCAUGGGCCAAAGGUCUUCGGCUGCGACGUGAUGGUGAAAUCUCUUCAGCUGGGCAACUUCGUUGAAGGACAAGAGGUCAACUUCGCUGUGACUUUGAACGAAGAGAACAAGCCUCAGGCUUUUGACCUGGCAGACAACAAGACCGUGUUGAAUGGCGUCCCACCGCUGGGUUGCGGAAUGGGCUGUGGAGGAAUGCCUUUGAUGGGAGAAAUGCACUGUGGUGGGAUGGGCUGUGGGAUGGAUGGCUGCGGCUGUGGUGGCUGCAGCACGACGCCGCCUCAGGUGCUAAUGCAGUCUACACUACACUGUAGUCUAGUCUCUCACGAUUUUUCAAGUUGGGUGAGGGAAGCCCUCAACUAA